CGGACAACGUGAGAAGGGAUAGGGCAAGGGGGACAGGGGUUGAGGAGAUCCAGCCGCAAACAAGCGGGUACAGCACAGAACCUGGCCCUCGUUGUGUGAGCUCAGAGUGGAGGGGGGACUGGAGGAGGGGUGUCGAACAGGAACGAAGCCUGUCAUACUCAGACCAGGUGUGGCACGGUCGGACAUUGGGACAGACUGUUGGACGGAUGGACAUGGUGACGGCGAGGAAGAGCGACGACCAGAAGAGUCAUGGGAGAUAAACAAUGUGACUUUCCGUUCAGACAUUAGUCUCUGUCACUGGCUGUUUUACACUCACAAGACUUACUCAAAGUCCAAGUUUGCUACUCGUCCUAAGCAAAGCAAGGCCAGCGUGUCGGACCAGGACAUAAGUGGGAAUGGAGAACAAUGACAAAGGGGGAGAUGAAGGAGGAGGAAAAGAUGUAGAGGAAGAGAAAGAGAAGCAGCUUAAAAACCAGCUCAACAGUGAGGAGAAGGGGGAGAAAGAGAUCCAAGUGAGCGAGAAGGAGAGGAAGAAGGAGAGGCGGCGGUCCGGGUCGCUGUGGAGGAGUGGGUGGGCGUUGAGUGAACGUUUGGCCAUCAACGUUUCUGGGAUGCGCUACGAGACCCAGGCCCGAACCCUGGCCCGGUUCCCCGACUCCUUGUUAGGCGACCCGCGCAGACGGCUGCGCUACUUCGACCAUCUACGCAACGAACUGUUCCUGGACCGCAACCGGGCCUGCUUCGACGCCAUUUUGUACUUCUACCAGUCGGGGGGGAGGCUGCGUAGACCAGCCAACGUGCCCCUGGACGUGUUUCUGGACGAGCUGCGCUUCUACGAACUUGGAGAGGAGAUCAUAACCCGCUUCAAGGAGGAUGAGGGUUUUCCUAAAGUGGAGGAGACGCCCCUACCAACCAACAAGGUCCAGAGGGAACUAUGGAUGCUGUUUGAGCACCCAGAAUCCUCCUCAGGUGCACGGAUCAUAGCGAUCAUCAGCGUCAUGGUCAUCGUGGUGUCCAUCCUCAUCUUUUGCCUGGAGACACUUCCUGACUUCAGGCAGGAGAAGGAGUUGCGUGAGGAGUACUUCUACCGGUAUCACUCGUUCAGCAAAAAUGAGUCUGAACACAUGCCCCUUCCGUCCAGCGUCUUCCACGAUCCUUUCUUCCUGGUGGAGACCAUAUGCAUCUGCUGGUUCUCCUUCGAGCUCCUCAUGAGGUUCGCCUGCUCCCCCAGCAAGACCUACUUCUUCAAGGACGUCAUGAACCUCAUCGACUUCGCCGCCAUCCUGCCCUUCUUCGUCACGCUGGGCACGGAGCUGGCCAAGGACAAGGACGCCCAGCCGGGCAUGUCGCUGGCCAUCAUCAGGGUCAUCCGUCUGGUCAGGGUGUUCAGGAUCUUCAAGCUGUCGCGUCACUCCAAGGGGCUCCAGAUCCUCGGUCAGACCCUCAAGGCCAGCAUGAGAGAGCUGGGCCUGCUCAUCUUCUUCCUCUUCAUCGGAGUCAUCCUGUUCUCCAGCGCCAUCUACUUUGCUGAGGCCGACCACAAGGACACGUCCUUCGUCAGCAUACCGCACGCCUUCUGGUGGGCCGUGGUCACCAUGACAACCGUGGGCUACGGCGACAUGUACCCGGAGACGGUGUGGGGCAAGUUGGUGGGCUCCAUGUGUGCCAUCGCCGGCGUGCUCACCAUCUCCCUGCCUGUGCCCGUCAUCGUGUCCAACUUCAGCUACUUCUACCACCGCGAGACCGAGUGUGAGGACCGCUCAGAGUACAACCAUGUCAAGACCUCCCUGUGGGACAACGAGGAAGGGGAGGGGGAGGAGGAGGAGGAGGAGGGGGAGUUAGAGGGGGAUUACUAUGCCAUCGAGGGCAUCUGUAACCCUCUGAACGGGACUUUUCUGUGUGCGGGACAAAGUAGAGAGUCCAAGGGGGGAGUCAUGUGCCUCAGAGAGCCCCUGGUGACUCAGGUGUGACAGAGAGGAGACCCUGUGACCUGGGAUCAUACUUAAGAGAUGCAGUGUUGAUCCGGGAUCAGGCCCCUUGUCUGUCCAUACGAUCUCAUUGAAAAGGCAGCACUGAUUCUAGAUUUGUUCUAAAUGAGAUUCUUGAUAUCUUCAGGUCCUGAUAGAUUUUUUUCAGAAAGCAAAUGCAAGUAAAGAGACAGUGUGAAAGACAGGUGCUUCUUGUGAAAGCAAACAGACAUAUUGAGAGUGCAGGACAAGUAGGAGGCUUUACUUCCAGAAAAGACGACAGUCUGGUCAUUCUGUCAGAGUGCACUUAGUAAUUAUAUCACCAGGGGGAGACAUCGACAAUAUUUAAACAGAGAACAACUUGAAUCCUGUAGUGACAAUGUCAUCCUAAAAGAGGGUAGAAUGAUGUGCAUUUUUGAAGAAAUUAUACUUACUAAGCUAUUUAAGAUUUGUAAAUUAUACAUUUUUAUUUUAGCUUGCGUGAUAUGAAGCUACAAUGUCUUAGUAAUUUGUGACUGAAUUUCAUUUCUGUGCCUGAAUAUUUGAAACAAACGUAUUUUGUUCAGUGUAACAACUUUUUUAUUGUGAAAGAGGACUUGGUUGAAAACGAUGUACAAAUCCUUACAAACACAAUUUUCCACAUAGAUGACAUGUUUUUACAGGAUUAUGGGAAACACACAAUCAGUUUAUUGUACAGUCAGAACCUUCUUUAUCAUGCAUGACAUAAUGCGUAUGACACAUGCGUAAUCGUGUGUUUUAGACAUUUCUGAUGACCUGUCAGUGUGUUGGAAACUAGUCAUGUACAAAUGUGUAGAAAUGUGUAUUUGUAGUAUGAAGUCUGUGAUGCUACUGUUACUUAUCAAAAGUAACUGACGAUCAGUUGGGAAAACGGCUUUAAACUGUUGAAUUUGUGUUGUUUUUAAUAAAGAUUCUAUUUUAUUAAUUUU